CAGAGCACAGUCAAUACCCAGGUAUGUGUCUCCACCUGUAAUUCAGCCGCCUAUUUGGGUUUUCAACCUCACAUUCCCUUAAAUUCUACUAGUUUGUACACGGCAAUUCGUCGAUGGACUCGACCUUGUCCAAGAUGAACGGCGCUGCUUUCCCCUCACCCACCGCAGACAUAGCUGAAAUUAACCGCAUUCAUUAUGAACUAGAAUACACGGAAGGCAUCAGCCAGCGAAUGCGCGUUCCUGAGAUGCUGAAAGUGGCUCCGUAUCCUGAGGAGCAGGACGGAGGCAUGCAGGAGACACUACACAGUGCAAUGAUGCAGGUGCCAGAGAGGAUCGUAAUAGCAGGAGAUAGUGAUGAUAUCCAGUUCUCCAGACCAAGAGAUCUGGACCUGAUCCAAUCCACUCCAUUAGAGAGCUUGGCCCUGAAGACACCUCCCAGGGUACUCACGCUCAACGAACGGCCCCUGGACUUUAUGGAAAUGGAACAGCCCAGUGUGUCAGGCCAACCCAGUGAAGAAGUGCGCCCUCAGGGACGAUUGCGGAGAGAACGCUCGGCGAGUGAGAACAUAGGGGCCCGACACAACGGGCAGCUCUCCAGAAACGACUCCCUGGGCGUAACCCCAUCCCCCCCUGCCCCCCUGCGUGCCUGUGCCCCUCUCCCUGCUCCCGAGGACGGGCAGACCCUGUACAGCGCUCGUGGCGUCCUCUCCUUCAUCCAGUCCACCACGCGCCGGGCCUACCAGCAGGUCCUGGAGGUCCUGGAUGAGAACCAACGCAGCAAGCCGUCUCUGAGAGGAGGUUCCUCUUUAAAUCCUCAACAUGACAACAGACAUGCUCUGGUCCCUCUGGACACAACUCUUGAGGGAGGUUCUGACGACAUGGCCAUUGUGGAUGCUACAGCUCUGCGCAGACAGAUCAUCAAGCUGAAUCGUCGUUUGCAGCUAUUGGAAGAGGAGAAUAAGGAACGAGCCAAACGGGAGUUAAUUAUGUAUUCUGUUACCGUGGCGUUCUGGCUUAUCAACAGCUGGAUUUGGUUCCGUCGCUAGAACAACACCGGCUCCGCCCAGUGGGUGGAGCAUAAACGAUAACUCCACCCCUCUGUUCUAGUGUUAAAUAUCAGCCAAAUUUGUUAUCUGCACUCUAUUCCCAGUGCUGAAGAGACUUGACUCUGUACUUCAAGACUUGAAAGCAAUGGGAUAUUUAUGUCUUG